CUCUUCUUCCUAUAAAACAUACAUAAACAUUGAUAUCGUUGUACAAAACAGAUCCUGUAGACUCCUGCCUACCUCGACCAUGGGCGAACCCCAGAAAGUGAUAUUUCAAGUGUGCUUACAUGACUGUAGAAGUCAAAGGAAGGCCAUGAAAGCAAUUUCCAAAGUCAUAGGGAUCAAUUCCAUAGAGGUGGAUGUGGAUGGCAACAACUUGACAGCUGUCGGUGUCUUUGAUCUGAUAUGCGGCCACCGAAAACUAAAGAAGGUUUGUAAAAAAACGAAGAUUAAAUCAGUUGAGAUAGUAAAACCCGAAGAACCUAAGAAAGAAGAACCUAAGAAAGAAGAACCGAAGAAAGAAGAACCAAAGAAAGAAGAGGAACCAAAGAACCCAGUGUGGCAUUAUCAACCCCCCUAUAAUCCUUGUUACAUGCCACAACCUUUCUAUGUGGCAGUGGAGGAAACUCCCCACUGUUGUGUUAUUUUCUGAUAACUUCGGGAUCUGAUCAAAUGUACAAGUUGAUAUGCUUGAGAUGGCCCAUAAAUAUUUAUUUGAACCAACUUUAUAGGUUUAUUUGAACCGUUUUCUUUAUAUGAUUCGAAUAAGUUUUAGAUAUUUUGACCAAAGGGUUUUUGACCUAGCGGUAUGUGAGUCUUUGACAUCCUAGGAGUUCAAAGGUUCAAAACUCACCAAAUGUGAGCAAAGUGUGUAAGUUUAUAUGGUCUAUUUGACGUAAUAUAAGUUUUAAAUAUUUUGA